GGUGGUUACUUCCUGGAGAUCGGCUACGACACGGACGGGACCGGAAGAAUUUUCUACCGAAGGCAGCUGCCUUACCAAUUAAUCAAUGACAUGACUUCCACUACAUUCAAUGCUCGCACCUUGUAUCCCACCUUCUUCCAACGCAUCUAGACAUCGGAUUGUACACAGAUGAAGCCAACAUGUCAUCCAACAAUGAUUUUGAUGUCGAUGGGCACAGCGAUAGCAGCGACGAAAGCGAUAAUGGCGAACAGCACCAGAGUAACACUCCGCAAAACGUCAAAAAGCAACGCUCAAGCAGAGCAUGUGUGGCCUGUCGUCGCAUGAAAACUCGCUGUGAAUUCGACGAAGCCCUGGGAACUGCAUGCAAGUUGUGCAUCAGAGCCCGAAGACAAUGUGUUAUGCAGACCCUCCCUCGGCGAAGAAAGCGAAAGACGACCGACCGGGUCGCCGACCUUGAGAAAAAGAUCAAUGCGCUUACCGCCCUUCUAGCCAGCAAUGACAACAGCACAGCUGAAAAGACGACCCCAAAUUCGUUACGCGAGACUGCUUCUGGCCGGGUGAAAGCCUCAGAAGUCGACGACCCUCUAGCGCAACCACAGGACCUUAUCACAGAAGCUCUAAAUCGAGACUUCUUUGACUGGCCCACCGCUUGCCAGGCUUUUGAUUGCUACAGGAGUGAGAUGAGCCACUACUUCCCUUUCGUGGUAUUUCCAGCUAUAAGCGAUGCCAACAAGGUUAGAGAACGACAACCACUCUUGUUCUUCAGCAUCGUCAUCGUAGCCCUGGGAACUUCGCGUGGACCAACCAGCCUGGAGCUGUGGGACAUGUUGACGAAGGAGCUUGCAUUGAGGAUCAUCUUCCGCGGGGAGAGAUCCCUUGAGCUGGUUCAAACUCUCUUGGUCCACGUGACGUGGUGGCAUCGGACGAAGGAAAUGCGAGAGCUAAAUUUCAACCAGAUAUGCCAUAUGGCUUGCACAAUGGCGGUGGAUAUUGGUCUGGGAAGACGUUCUCACAAAUCUGCGUCAUCAAAAGGCAUUGAAGCCCAUGAGCUGGAGUCCCUCGCGGGAAGGAGAGCCUGGUUAGGAUGUUACUACAUGGCAACAAGUAUGUCCAUGUCCCUGCGCCAUCCCAACUUUGUACGAUGGUCCAUAUACAUUGAAGAGUGUCUUGACGUGCUCUCGUCGACGCCGAGCAUCUUGCCUAGUGAUCCAUGGCUUUGUGAUCUGAUACGCAUCCAGCAUAUCGCUGAAGAUGCCUCGAUUGUGUUUGCCAUGGACGAUCCUGGUUCGGUCAUCAGUUUCAAGGAUGUGAAAACUCAGUACCAGAUCGGAAAUUUCCGUCAGCAACUGGAGCAUUGGCGCCGCUUUGCUCGUAGUGAUCUCCAACAAGCUUUCGUACGGUGCGUGGAAGCCAAUGUCACACUGUUUGUGCACGAGGUUGCCAUACAUUCGGCGCACGACAUAGACGAGCUGCGGUCGCCGCAACGCCCACUCACAGAAAAAGGAGGAGGAUAUCCUUCCAUGACCUCAGAUCAGGACGUUCAGUUCGUCCCAUCAAGAGUCGAAUCGCUCUUCGCCUGUCUUACCGCUAUCCACGCUUAUUUCGAUGCCAUGCUUUCUAUGGACCUUACCACAGUCUGCGCGUUACCGAAUUUCUUCUUCGUCCGUACCGGGUACGCAGGCAGGGCUCUGCGCAAGCUUUUGAGUAUUUGUGAGACUCAGACCAACUCAACUGGGGACUUCCUCAUUGACAUCGAUGACUUGAAGUUCGACGAGUACACAGCGGCCAUUGUACAGCUGUUUCUCAAGACGCACGAAGAGAACAACUCACCGGUGUCUCGAGCAUUUUGUUUGCUCUUUUCGCAGAUCAAAUUACAAAGCUCGAAGACGUUGACUACCCACUGUUUCCCCAUGUCUGGAAACGACGAGCAUCAAGACCUUUCUUCUACGGUCACUGCAACACUGGCAGCCGGGUCUGGUGCUUCUUCGUCUGCACCUAGGUCGGCCAAUCCUGUCGGCACGGAUCUGCUCUCGACUAGAGCAAACAUGCCGAUUGACAUGACAUCACGUACUGUUGGAGAUCAGUCGAUAAGUCACGAAAGUGCCGCACUCGGACAACAAACUAUGCCAACGAUCAAUCCUGGACAACAGCUGGACUUCCCUCUGUGGCUUCAGACAGAUGCAAACAAUGCUGCUAUGUCCGACGUUGAUGUCCUUCAAUACUUUGACCAAGGCUUUGGAUUUGAUGAUCUGGAGAUGUACAAUUUCGAUGACAUAAAUUUCUUGACUGGGAGUGAAGCCUUUCAACGAUAACUGAUGACUCAAGGGACACCUGCUUCGGUCCGUAUCUGGAAACAAUACCAUGGCUGUGUUGAUGGCGGAGUUUAGUAUCUCAUAGCCAUCCCUACCUGAGCCGGGCUGUCGCCUUUCAAGACCAGCAUCACCUGCUGCAGCUGCGAAAUGAGGCCGGAAGGCAGGGCGCUGCAAGCGACGCUAGCGAACCCAGGCGUCAACCCCCUGUCUCGGUUGCGCGGGCGGUUGCAUAUCGCGGGCGGUUGCAUAUCGCGAGCGGUUUUGAGUGCCGGCCUGUAUCCUGCCUACAAAACGACUCACCC